AAAUAAUAUCUACUUCGACAGAGAUCUGUAUUAUCGAUUUUAUUAUCUAUCAAUUUUUCUAUGAUUCUAUUUUAAAGUUGUGCGGAUGACAUAAGUUUUAUAUAAAACAUGACUAAAUAACCAAUGCAGUAUUUAAGAAAUGCAAUAAAAUAGAAAUAAUACUAGUGCAUUAAUGAUAUCAUCAUCAUUAUGUUGACGGAUAUACCAAAGGAGUUUAGAAAAUAUUCAAAACAUUGUCAGAGUCUCAGAAGGAUAUUACAGGAUACUCGAUCUUCUCUCGAAGAUAUUAAUAAUGUUUUACAAUUAGUGCGAGAUAUUAAAGAAGAUUUAUUGAAUAUAGAUAUUAUAGAGAAUCUUAAUGCUAAACUGGAUAGGAUACCUACUCUCUUAAUUUUUGGACAAAAUUGUCAUGCUAAAGCCUUAUUUGUUAACACUUUGUUGGGACAGACUAUUUUACCGCAGUUCAGUACUAGAUGGAGAUAUAUAACUUUUAUAUAUGGACAUUCAAAAAAUAUCCGUCUAACUCUUGGACAUGAUAUCGAAAUCGUCGAAAAGUUAAAAGCCCAUGAAAAGCCAUGGAUAACGAUACCGGAGGAGGACCUACAAAGGAAUGAUGAAGAGUCUCUGUUAGACCAUUGUCCAGCAGUAGAAGUAGAUCUGAAUCAUUCGAUUUUAAAAGAAAAUGUGAAAAUUAUGGUGCCAGCAGAUUGCGAAGUUGAAGAAUUAACGGAAGCUUUGAGUAAAUAUGUACAUAAUAUUCUACCAAUCGUAAUCUACUCAGUGUAUGAAGAAGUUUUAAAUGAUACUAACAUUCAAGAAAUUCGUAAACUGAAAGAUAACUUUAAGAUACCAUUCUUGUUUGUGAGCGUGUCGAACACGGAGCAUUCAACUUUUUGUUCGGAAUCGUUAACUGAAUCGCAGCAACAUUCUGUAGGAUUGAACAUUGGCCAGAAAUAUUCGAAGUUACAAAAUCUCCAAGAUCAACUGGUAAGACUGGGGUUCAUAAAUGAAAAUUUUAAGACUGAUGAUAUUGUGAAACGGAAAUCUUUAUGUUUAGAGUGCUCUUUGGAUACUCUGAUUUGUGAUAAAAAGAUAAAUGAAGAAUUUAUAUUGUAUGUAAGCGAAAUGUUGAAAUCAAGCGUCUUAAAAAUGGCUGGGAAACUAAGUGUGAUUCAUACAAAAUGUUUGAGAAAAUUUAUACUAUGCGCGUUCGAUAUGGCACGUGAAAUUCAAAUAACUCCAAAACGUAUUUUAUAUGCCCAAGAGAUUGAAUUGAAACUAUACAAAACAUUGAUGAAAAUAGCCUGCGAACAACAAGAAGAAAUAACUGCGAUAAUACAGCGUACUCUUCAAGAUAUGAAAUCGAAUGUUGCAGAAGUUCUUGAGGGCUACAAUCACAAUAAUGCUAACCACUUGUUAAGUGCUAAAAUGGCAACAAUGGAGAUUCAGCAACUAGUUUUGAGGAGAUUAAGCACCUCGGUGGCCACUCAAAUCGUUCAGUCUGUAGGUUGUUUACAGGAAAGCUUUACAGGAACUCUACAAAGAUGUCUAGAAAGCCUUGAAAAAAAUUGCCAUGAGUCGGAAGGUAAUCUCUCUGCUUCCGACGCUGUGAAACAAAUAAUUAGUGCCGCUUAUAGCAUCGAUCUAAAAUCAUCGACAUCAUUCUCGAUCGUACACACCCUGAUGGAUCGUCUCCGUACUUUACUAUCUACAUUCGCUUUACCGUGGUCUUCUUCGAGCCAAGUACAGUGCAACUUCCAAUGGCAGCUACAAGUUGUCACAAAUAUGAUAGAUAAACUAAGUGCGUCUAAACUCGCAAAAACGAUAUCAGUGCAGUUCCAGGAACACGUCAAAUCGUCCCACGAAGCGUUUCAGUCUGCCAUGCGCUCUUUAGAGAAUCAGCUUACCUGUCAGUUAGAACAAACGGAAGAGCAACGAAUAGCUAUAAGGAAACGGCACGCACCUCGCUUUGCCCGACUAGCCCUUGAGAGCACCUCACUGUGCGAUUUGGUACAAUAUGGAAUGCCAAAACAGAUAAAAGAAAUCGGACGGGGACAGUACGGUGUCGUUUCCUCAUGUGAACCAUGGGGGGGAAUAAAUCCGUGCGCUUUUAAGUCUGUCGUGCCUCCUGAUGACCGGCACUGGAACGAUUUAGCGAUGGAAUUUUUUUAUACAAGGACGAUACCGGAGCAUCCGAGAAUUGUGAAACUGAGGGGGUCAGUAGUAGACUACACUUAUGGCGGAGGUACUUCCCCUGCUGUCCUUCUGAUAAUGGAAAGGAUGACGCGAGAUUUAUACUGCGGUCUUCGCAGUGGUUUGUCUUGGGUAGCGCGGUUGCAAAUUGCUAUAGAUGUCAUCGAAGGGAUUAGAUACUUGCACAGCCAAGGACUUGUUCACAGAGACAUCAAAUUAAAAAAUGUGCUUCUGGACAACAAAGACAGAGCAAAACUGACAGAUUUUGGGUUUUGUAUACCAGAAGCGAUGAUGUCAGGUAGCAUUGUUGGGACUCCCGUUCACAUGGCACCAGAGCUUCUGAGUGGACGUUAUGACUCAAGUGUUGACGUGUAUGCCUUUGGAAUUCUCUUUUGGUAUAUUUGUGCGGGCCAGGUCAGACUUCCAACACAUUUUGAUCAAUUCCAAAAUAAGGAACAAUUAUGGAAUAACGUCAGGAGAGGAACCAGACCUGAAUGUUUACCACAUUUCGAUGAAGCGUGUUGGAAUCUUAUGGAGCAGUGUUGGGCAGCAGAACCAAGCGAGAGACCUUUGCUGGGCUACGUUCAGCCACAACUUGAAGCGAUAUAUAUUAAAGCAAAAUCUGAAAAUCCAGGCAAGUUAUCCAGUUGUAGUUAUAGCCCACCAUUCCAGCACAAAUUAAAAUUUAAUGAAGACGAUUACUGUUACAGUAAUUACAAUUUUGCUUGUUUAAGAGAGUACUGAUUUUUUUAGAUACUUUGUCGAUCAUAAUUUUAGAAAUGUACAUUUUAGUUACUUUUAAGUACUUGUAUUGAUUAUUUACUUUUAUGGUAUUAGGUCUCGUUACUUUGGAUUCAUUAAUUUUUAUGCAGUAACUUUUUUAUGCUUAAUCUAAUUGAGUAAACAAUAAGUUCGUUCUGCAAAUAUUAUCACAGCGUUCUUAAUAAUUUGGAAUUAAAUAACCCAGGUAACGAGUCUCUAAAAUUAUGUAAUCGUUACUAUGAAUCCUGAGCAAGCAACGUUUUGUAACGAUUACGUACGUUAUGCUUACAACACUAUAUAAUUUGACUUGGAUUCGUUA